AUUUCAACUGAUUGCCAACACUGCACAGCCCCAAAAUCCCCCACUUCGUCCCGCGUCCAAGGUCCAGGGCGUCGCCCAUCGGCCGCUCCGUCGCCGUCGCUUCCUCCUCUCGCACCCUCUCCGCUUCAAUCCCUUCCUCUCCUCUCAUUCCCUUAUACGCGUCCCUGUUCCUCUUCCAUCUUGCUUUCUCGCUCUAUUCCUUCCCGAAGCCCUCUGGAAGACCGGACUGGAGCCACCGAGAUCUCUGAGCUAGGGUUUUGCUUCUUUGUUUUUUGGUUCCGUGGGAUUCGAAGAUUGAAUUGGCGGCAGGGUUUGCCGUUUAGAACCCUAGAUCUGAGUGGUUGAUUCCCAUUAACUAUCAAGAUGUUCUGGCGCAUGAGCUCGUUCUCUCAAGGGUCGCCUGUGGAAUCUAUUUUAGACAAGGAAAAUUUUACUUUGGAAGAUCUUCUGGACGAGGAUGAAGUUAUUCAAGAAUGCAAAGCACAAAAUAGUCGUCUUAUAGAUUUUUUGAAGGAAAAGUCUCAAGUGGAGAAAUUGCUUCGUUACAUUGUGGAGGAACCGUUAGAAGAUGCUGAUAAGAGACAUGUAUUCAAGUUUCCAUUUAUUGCAUGCGAGUUAUUUACUUGUGAGGUUGAUAUCUUAUUGAGGACCUUAGUUGAGGACGAAGAGUUGAUGGAUACGUUGUUCUCAUUUGUCAAGCCGGAUCGUCCCCAUAGUACAUUGUUGGCUGGAUAUUUUAGUAAGGUUGUAAUCUGUCUGAUGAUGCGGAAGGCAGGCCAAUUUUUCAUUUAUAUGCAGGGCCAUCUGGAGAUAAUUCAUCAACUGGUUGAUCUCAUAGGGAUAACAUCUAUCAUGGAGAUUAUCAUCCGACUAAUUGGCGCUGAUGAAAAUUUGCACCACAACUAUGAGGAGACAAUACAAUGGUUGGAAGAUAUAGAAGUUCUUGAGAUGAUUGUGGAUAAGUUUAGCUCAUCAGACUCUUUUGAGGUCCAUGCCAAUGCAACAGAAAUUCUUUGUUCGAUUAUUCGAUGUGCUCCUCCUGUGCUUGCAGCCAAAAUCUGCAGCCCAAGUUAUGUGCGGAGAUUGUUUCAGCAUGCUAUGGAAGAUUCCAGACCUAAAUCUGUGCUGUUUCAUGUCUUAUCUUUCUGCGUAUGUUUGUUAGAUCCAAAGCGAUUGGUACUAUCUUCCUAUCAAGCAUUUAGAAGCCAGCUUAAUCAUGGAUCGUUUAUUACUCCUAGUGAUGAUGCUGUUGUGGGAUUGCUGGAGAGACUAGGUGAUUUAUUGAUAUUGUUGGAUGUUUCUUCUUUGGAUAGUGCCUUGCCAACCACAUAUGGCAAACUGCAGCCUCCCCUUGGGAAACACCGUUUGAAGAUUGUGGAAUUCAUCUCUGUGUUAUUGACCAUUGGUAGUGAAGCUGUGGAGAAAGAACUGAUCCAGCAGGGAGCGAUAAAACUCGUUAUAAACUUAUUCUUUGAGUACCCUUUCAACAAUUUUUUGCAUCAUCAUGUGGAGAAUAUCAUUGGAUCUUGCUUGGAGAGCAAGACAACUUUGCUACUGGAACACAUUUUGCAGGAGUGUGACAUUGUCAGGAAAAUUCUUGCGGCUGAAAAAAAUCCUUUGCUGUCAACAGAUUCUACUAAGGCUACAGUAUCUGCAGAGGAGCGAUCACCCCCAAGGAUAGGUAGUAUAGGUCACAUAACACGGAUUGCUAACAAGCUUACUCAGUUGGGUGAUAGCAACAUCACAAUCCAGACACACUUACAGGAAAAUAGUGAUUGGGUCGAUUGGCUUAACAAUGUGUUGUUCAAGAGGAAUGCUACUGAAAAUGUUUUACAAUGGUCUUGCGGGCGCCCGACUACAUUACAAGACCAUGUUAGAGAUAGUGAUGAUGAUGACUUCCGAGAUAAGGAUUUUGAUGUGGCAGCAUUGGCUAGUAGCUUGAGCCAGGCAUUUCGGUUGGAUAUCUAUGCUAAUGAUGACAUUGAAGAGGCUCAAGGAUCUUUUGAGCGUGAUGAGGAUGUUUACUUUGAUGAUGAAUCUGCAGAAGUUGUUAUUUCAUCUUUACACCUGGGGGAUGACCGUGGCAGUUCUUUCUUUACAAAUUCAAACUGGUUUGCUUUUGAUAAUGAUAGAGGGGUUAACAGAUGUUUAACUGAUUCCGUUGCUUCACCUUCACCAAAUUCAGAUGGAACGCUACCUGAUGUGGAUGAGGUGGAUACUGUGGUACUUGAUGAUACGAAUGAUACAAGAUCUAUACACACAGCUGAUCAAGGAGAUACUAUAUUAGAAAAUAAGGCUAUGUUUGUAGGAAAUGGUCCUGUUGAUGGGUUCAAAGAAGACAGUGAUGACUCUAACAAAGAUGUCGAUGAAAAGCCAUUGGGGUGGGUUGAAUGGAGGGAGACACCAGGACCUGAAGUGCCUGGUAAAAUCACAAACGAAGAUAUUCCAAAUGGUGAUAUUGUAAGGGGCAAUGACAAGUGUAUCUUGAAAGAAGUUAUUGCUGAUUCCACUAAGUGUGGAUCUUCUGGUGAUGAAGUGACAGAUGAUUGGGAUACUGGAGGUCCAAGAACCACUAGUGAAGAAAGUCUAUAUGAUUCUCAAGAUUCUUGCAAGGUCAUUUCGCAUGGAAGUUUACCUGGAUCUGAAAUCAUAGAUACCAAUUCAAGUUCUCAACAACUUGCAAAUGAAGUUGCAGCCGAGGAUUCAAAACACGAGAAAGAUCACUGAGAAUGUAGGGUUCUGAAAUUACGUUAGAUGGCACUAGUACAGAAGAAGUGGUCUAACUAUGGUUGUUCGUCAAAGGAUGGUAACCUGAGUCACACUUAUUGUAAUUCUCAGAACCUUGUAUAUAUUGGAAUGAAGUUUAUUGAUGAAUGCUGAUGUAUUGUUUUGUUGCCAUCCAAUAUUAUCUAAUCAGCCAGUUAUUGUAAAAACAAGAAACUCUCCGACAUAAGAAAUCAUUACCAUUUGCUUUUGAUCA